AUGGCUGCCCUCGCGGCUCCGGCCGUCGCUGGCGCGCUCGCCUACGUCAACGCCAAGGCGGCGGUUGGCUACGACCUCUUCAUGGCCAAGUCGAUUGCGCAGGGCUAUGUGCAGUCGGCGUACCGCGAGCGCGCGCAGAAGCUGAAUCUCUUUUGCGACCUCGAGUACUGGGCCGCGCGCGCCGACCACGCCGACCUGCCCUUUCUCGUGUACCAGGGCCGCACCUGGACGUAUGCGCAGCUGCACGACACGGUGCUCCGCUACGGGCACUGGCUAAGGACGGAGCUCGGCAUCAGGCCCAAGCAGGUCGUUGCUAUGUGCUAUACCACGUCCGACAUGUUCGUCGUGACGUGGAUGGCGCUCUGGAGCAUCGGCGCCACGCCGGCGUUCAUCAACUAUUUGUUGACGGGAAAGGGCCUGGCGCACUGCUUGCGUAUAUCGACGUCCGAGAUUUGCCUGGUUGAGCCCUCGUUGGCUUCGAAUCUUCAGGAGAUCAGCGCGGAUGUUGCCCCCAUGAAGAUCCUCGUCGUGACGCCAGAGGUACAACAGGUGGCUUUCAGCGGUCCGGCCGUCCGAUACCCGGACGAGGAUCGUAAAAUAGAUGAUAAAAAGGACCUUUCGAUCCUGAUUUACACGUCUGGUACCACUGGCUUCCCCAAGGCUGCCGUCGUGUCCUGGAUCAAGAUCCUCCGGAUAUGCAUUGUGACGAGCAACCUGCUUGGCCUAGGCAAAGGCCACACGCAGUUUACCUCUAUGCCGUUUUACCACAGCACCGGGUCUCUCGUCGGCGUCGCCUCGACGCUAUUCGCCGGCGGCACCAUUGCCUUUAGCCAAAGCUUCUCCAAGCACACCUUCUGGAGCGAGGUCCGCGCCACCAAGGCCAACUCGAUUGUGUACAUUGGCGAAGCGCUGCGGUACCUGCUCGACGCGCCUCCCGAGCACGACGCGGCCACCGGCGCGUGCCUGGACAAGAAGCACCACGUGCGGACCAUUUACGGCGCGGGCCUGCGCGCCGACGUGUGGCCGCGGUUCAAGGAGCGCUUCGGCAUCGACACGGUCAUUGAGUUCUACGGGGCCACCGAGGGCGUGCUCGGCACGUGGAACAUUAGCCGCAACAGCUUCUCCGAGGGCGCCGUCGCGCGCGUCGGCUGGCUGCUGCGGACGCUCUUCUUCGACCGCAUGACGCUGAUUGUGCGCACCGACUGGGCGACGGACACGCCGGUGCGCGACGCGCGCGGGCGCUGCGUGCGCGCGGCGCUCGGCGAGACGGGCGAGCUGCUGCUCAAGGUCCCCGCCGACGACAUCGACGCCGCCUUCCAGGGCUACUACAACAACGCGCAGGCGACGCGCGACAAGAUCCUGCGCGACGUGGCCGCCGCGGGCGACGCCUGGUUCCGCACCGGCGACGCGCUGCGCUGGGAGCGCGACGGCCUGCUCUUCUUCCGCGACCGCCUCGGCGACACCUUCCGCUGGAAGGGCGAGAACGUGUCCACAAUGGAGGUCGGCAACGUCAUGGGUAUGCAUCCCUGCGUCGCCGAGGCCAACGUGUACGGCGUCGAGCUGCCGCAUCACGACGGCCGCGCGGGGUGCGCCGCCACGGCGUUUUGCGGCGGCGGCGGCGCGCCGAGUCCCGCGGAGCUGGCCAGUCUGGCGGCCCAUUUGCGCAAGGCGCUGCCGCGGUAUGCCGUGCCGCUGUUCAUUCGCCUCGUGGACGGGGUCGGUCGGGCGGAGACGACGACGGGCACGCACAAGCAGCAAAAGGUCGCCCUGCGAAAGGCUGGUGUCAAUCCGGUCGGGGAGGACGGCGAGGAGAUUACCUUGUACUGGCUCCGGGGUGAUACGUACGUGCCGUUUGGCAAGGAGGAGUGGAGGAGGAUGCAGGUUGGAAAAGUGAAGCUCUAG